AUGCGACGUACCAGCACGGUUGAGCCCUCGUGGUCGCGUGCCUCGUCGCUGGAUACCAUGACGCGCGAGCUCAUCGACGCCGAGGAAGGCUGUCGACACAGGGACUGCUCAAACUCGUCCAGCUCUUGCUCAAUUUCGAGUGGCGACAACGGCAGUGAUUGGAUCGAGAAGAGGACUUAUGCUAUCGAUUCGUCCUCUGAAUCGCUCAUGAAUUUUGGCGUCGUCGCGCCUGGUCUGUACCGCUCUGGGUACCCGAGCUCCCAGCACUUUCCUUCCAUGAGGAAACUUCGCCUGAAAACUAUUGUUACUUUGGUAGUGCACGAGGAGCCGGAUGACGCAUUGAAGAGUUUCGUCAGCGAAGCCAACAUCAAGCAGGUCUUCUUUGCCAUCAAGGGCACCAAAAAGGAGGCCAUUCCGGAUGCUGUCAUGUCGGACAUUCUUGGCGUUGUGCUGGAACCGAGCAACUACCCACUCCUGGUUCACUGCAACAAGGGGAAACACCGCACCGGCUGCGUCGUCGCGGCGGCGCGCAAGGCAAACGGGUGGCACAGCAGCAGAGCUCUGGCCGAGUACCGUUCUUUUGCGGAGCCAAAGGUGCGCGACGCCGAUGUCGACUUCAUCACCAACUUUGACCACGUCGCCAUGGGGAUUGCUGUCCCAACACCCUCUAUCUUCGACUCAUCACCAUAUCUGAUGGGAAGCCGCACACCACUUUCUGACAUUUUCACCUCCUUGUCGAAUUGGAAGUGGGGGAAACCUUCAACACUGAGGAGAUCACCGCAGGCCAAUGGAUGGUAUGUGGCCAUACUAGGUUCGGCAUCCAUCUGCGCAUUGAUCAUGUGGCUUCUGCGUGCUCGUUAG